GUCGGUGGGGCGGCUGGCAGCGGCGAACCUCGUGAGCCGAGCCGUGCCCCCCACCCUGUUUAUAUAGCGCAACACGACAGGGGCCCACCACCCAAUGCUAGGGUGGGCGCCCCCGAUCAGGGCACGGAUCAGGGUCCCGAUGGGCCUUUAGGCCCAUUGGGGAGGAGAUCAAUCUAACAUAGGCAUAUUGGCAUCAUGAUUGUUUUCACUUGCAGAGGAUUCCUGGGCAGAGGAAGUGGUAGAGCCAUGGGCAACUCUUGCAUCACUGGUGCCUCUCCUGCACUGCUGAGAAAGACCCAUGAUCCAGCUUUCAAAUGGAAGUUUUACGGCUUCUCAGCUUUACUUGAUAGGGGGGCUGUACCAGCUUAUUCUGCUCUUUUUCACUGCUGUGGAUACAGUUGGUUCCUGCAAGUGAGCCCAGUGCAUAAAAGAUCUGGUGAUGAGACUCCAUUCGUUGCUCUUUGCCUUUCUGUAGACCGAAACACCUUAAGCCAGAUUGCACCUUGAGUGCAGUGUUCGAGUUGUCAAUGUACAACCACUCAAAAGGGACUUAUCGUGGAUGUAAAGGUAGUUAGACUGAACUUACUAUUUCAAGUACAUUCAUUUGAUUACACAUUGGAGUUCUUAUUCCUCCAUGCUUUAUAAGCUUCAGCAAUAACUCCCCGAACUUGGAA